CAUUGCUUUAGCAUUCGAGGUACUGGAUUUCUCUCGAGCCACGCGGACGGUAGUAUAAUUAAAUACCAUUUAACCGACGACGGGACUCACGAGCCAUCGGGUCGGAUUUGCACUCACACAGUGCCAGCGUAUGCAUUGGCUUGGCCGCAGUCGCAUAUCCUGGCUGCAGGAUGCGACCGACGCGUCACAUUUUACGACGCCCGUGGGAAAAUAGUCAAGAACUUCGAUUACAGCAGAGAAAAUGAGAAGGAAAUCGCGGUGGCUUGUUGUAGUCCCAGUGGGCAGAGCGUAGCCAUCGGUUCCUGGGAUAAAGUAAGGAUUUUGGACUGGAGCCCCCGAAGGUCUUUAUGGGAAGAAGCUAACGCGAGAUCUUUGCCUAAUUUUUACACUGUCACUGCUAUAUCUUGGCGUCGCGAUGGUUCUAGAUUAGUCGUGGGCAGUCUGUGUGGCUCAGUAGAACAGUUCGAGACUGUUUUAAAGAGGACCGUAAUCAGAGGAAGUCACGAGGUGGCUUACGUCGGUCCAAGCCAAGUGGUAAUACGACCAUUACAAGAAGGGAACCGACCCGUGAUCAUCAGGUCGCAAACUGGAUACGAAAUAGAAGACGUUAAGGUCUUAGGCAGAGCUGACAAUAACGUAGUAGCUCGUACAGCGAAUACACUACUCCUAGCGGACAUCGAACUGAAUCUUAUCAGCGAAAUCCCAUGGGAGGACAAGAGUAAUAGCGAGAAAUUCUUCUUCGAAUACCCGAGGGUGUGCUUGAUCUUCUGUUCGGGGGAGUUGACUAUCGUCGAGUAUGGAAAUAACGAAGCCCUGGGAUCUGUUAGAACGGAGGCUGUCAAUCCUCAUGUAGUUAGCGUGAGGAUCAAUGAACGGCAGGCACCUGGGGCGCCUGAUAAUAAGAGGCUCGCUUAUCUGUUGGAUCCCAGGACAGUUCGUAUUAUGGAUUUGGUAACAGGAGUCACUGUCGCUAUGAUUCAUUACGACGUCAGAGUCGACUGGUUGGAACUCAGUGAAACGGGUCACAGGCUGUUGUCGAGGGACAAAAGAGCCAGGUAGUUCAUUCCUCGUCAUGGAAAGUCUGGGAAAAUAAUCCUGAUCGUUUCAUUCAGAUUCCUCAAGAACGUGAUAAAAAUCGGUGAAAAAUACAGUGAGGAAACAGGGAACGAGCCUCUAUCGAGUCCCGACUGUUGGGCCAAGCUGGCGAUCCUCAACGGUGAACUGAAGACCGCUGAGGCAAUUUACUUAGAACAAAAUGAGUUAACCCAGGCACUGGACAUGUACCAGAAAUACUGGCACUGGGAGGACGCGUUAGUUUUAGCCGAGAACCGAGGCUGGCCAGGUUUACAAGAACUCCGAGACCGACACUUGACAUGGUUAUUAGAAAGCGGUCAGGCAGCGAGAGCUGCGGCCAUAUUGGAAUCAAUGAAUCCUAGACGAGCGGUAAAACUGUAUUUAGACGCUCGUCGCCCUGGUCGUGCGGCUCGGUUAGUCUUGGCGAACGACGAAUUGUUAGAAGACAGGUCGAUCGUCAAUGAAAUCAUAAGAGCGUUGAAAGCGACGGACUUGAUGGAACUCGCUGGGGAAUUGUUCGAGCAGAUUUCCGAGCCUUUAGAAGCGAUCAAAUGCUACUCUCAAGCAGGAGUGUUUGCCAGGGCAUUGGAACUGGCUAGAAAAGUGGAUCCAAAUUCUGUUGUUGACCUCGAACGAGACUGGGGGCAGCAUUUAGCCUCAGCCGGGCAUUACGACGCGGCUAUUAAUCACUUCAUCGAAGCAGGGGAGACUGCUCUAGCUUUAGACGCGGCGAUAAACGCCAAACAAUGGAGGAAGGGUUUACAGAUCAUGCAGGUGAUAGAAGACGACGAUCCAACGGUUAAAAAGCAAUCCGAGAAGCUGGCUGAGUACUUCGCCUCCAUAGGCGAGAAAUCUCUCGCUGAGAAACUAUUCGUCCGUUCUGGGGAUGCAAAACGUGCCGUAGAAGUCCACGUGCAAAGCGGGAACUGGAGCCGCGCUCAUCAAGUGGCGCAGGAGUACAUGACGGCUGAAGAGGCGAACGAGGUUUUGGCUAAGCACGCCACGGCUCUCAGCGAGUCCGGCGACCUGAGACACGCAGAAGAAUUGUAUUUAGCUAUCGGUGAUUACGACUCGGCGAUUGCUAUGUACAGGAGAGCCGGCAGGCGGGCGGACAUGGUCAGACUAGUGGCGAAGCACAGGCCAGAUCUCCUUGAGACGACGCACGCUCAUUUGGCCAGGGAAUUAGAUGCUGCAGGUAAAGCUCGGGAAGCGGAGGAGCAUUAUCUCGCUGCUGGCGAUUGGAGAGGCGCCGUCACUGCGUACAGAUCGGUGAACAUGUGGGAAGACGCUCUGCGCGUGGCGAAGCAUAACGCUGGGGACAACGCUGCUCAACAGGUCGCCCUUAUGUGGGCGCGUACACUGGCACCGGAAUUAGCAGCGAGACUCCUCAUGCGAUUGAAUUACUUAGACGGCUGUCUGCAAUUAGCCUGCGAGGCCGGUUUAUUCGACUGGGCCUUAGAAAUCGCCAAGCAUGGAAGCAUAGAUCAGAAGAAAGAAGUUCAUUAUAGGUACGCCAUGGCGUUAGAAGACACAGGUCGUUUCUCAGAUGCUGAAAAGGAGUUCAUCAAAGCUGGGAGAACCAUCGAGGCUGUUCAAAUGUACAUCCAUACUAAAGACUGGGAAGCUGCAGAAGACGUGGCUCAGACAAUUAAUCAGGAUGCCAUAGCUCAGGUUCUGAUCGCCAGAGCAAGCGAAGCUGCUGAAGCUCAAGAUUAUUCUUUAGCUGAGACGCUCUUAUUGAGGGCUCAUAAACCUGAAAUGAUCAUCGAAUACUAUAAGAAAGCAGGAAUGUGGUCAGAGGCGUUAAGGGUUUGCAGAGAAUACCUGCCAAGCCAAGAGGCGAACCUCCGUCGAGAAUUGGGUCAGAAGAGUGCCUCCCUUGCUGGUGCAAACGCGUUCGAGGAAGCCAAAAAAUGGUUAGAAGCUGGUGAAGUACGUGCUGCUUUAGAUAUCUUGAUCUUGGAUCCCCAAGCGUCCAGAUCGUCUCUUGUGAAAGCUGCGGAUAUCUUGCUUCAUCAAGCGGACCCUGAAACUGCUGUCCAAGUGGGAGGUGAUCUUGGCUCACGAUUAUUCGCCAUUGGGGAACAUGCCCUCGCUGCUCAGGUGUUCUUACAGGCAGACAGACUGAAAGAUGCUAUUGACGCGUUGGCAUCGUUAGGGGAAUGGGAAAAAGCGAAGAGAAUCGUGAACGAAUUAGCGCCGGACAUAGAACCCUAUCUCGAAGAGAAAUACAAAGAAGCUAUGCUGAGGGAUGGACAAAUAGACAGGCUCGUUGAGAUAGACGCUGAUGCUGGAUUAGAAGUAUUAGCCAGUAAAGGGCAGUGGAGUCAGGUAUUCGAAAUGGCGAGCAAUCAGGGUACUCAGAUUUUGCACAAAUACGUGGCACAAAGAGCGGUGCAGCUCUUAAAGGCAAAUUCACCCCUAGAAGCUCUGCAGUUGUAUGGCAAAUAUGGGACUCCUGCCAUUUCACAGAAUUUCAAUUUGUAUCUACAGUUAUCAGAAAGCGUUCUGAAUUCUGAGGCAUACAAUGAAUACAGGUACUUGGCUCUAUUAAGAACAGUGCUCCUGGAUCUGUGGAACAGUUUAAAAUCCACAGAGUCUAAUCAGAAGUCGAAAUUCGAGAGGCUCCUCGAGGCUACUCACUACUCGGCAGUGAAAUCCGGCUGCCGUGACUAUCCAGUGCUCUCUGGAUUAGUUUUAAAAGCGACUAUCACUCUUUUGAGGUACACCGAUUUGCUGCUCGCCGACAGAGCUUACUACGAAGCUGGCAUGGAAGCGCGUGCCGCUGGGUUAAACAGUGAAGCGUUCGUUUUCUUGAAUCAUUUCUUGGACCUCGAGGAGUGUAUCGAGGAGGGCGAUAGUGGCGUGUUGGACGUCGACGAUUUGACUGUCACCGACUUCCCACUGGAGGUUCCUCUGUCAGAGACCGUGAGUUUGACCGCAGAGCGGAGGGAAGAGGCCCGCGAGUGGGUCCUCGCGGUGUCUAUGGAUCAAAAGGUUGAACAAGUCCUUCCUACGGAUCACAGAGGCGUUUAUGUGGGAUCGUUAACAUCCCCUUCUCCAGGUUCUGGGAACCUCCAGGGUUGCAUCUUAACUGGUUAUCCUGUUCGGGGUCCCAUCGUUCGAUUCGCAGAGGGUCAGUACGUGGCAGACCGCGACGACUGGAGUAAAAUAAUUAACACAGCUCGCCAAGCGCCGCAGGACUCAGCCCUGAACGACAUCCUAGCGUUCAUUCAAGAAUGGUGCGGCGCAAUACCCAGCUACUCAUUUUAA